CCACAUUGUUGACGUGCGUGAACAGGCCGGGUGGGAAAAUGCCAUGGCGGCCGUGGGGCCCGAAAGCAAUCGUAGCGGCGCACCGUUUCUAGGCGGUCUAGGGCCCACACACGCCGACAUGCGCGACCACAACAGCCCGAUGGAUCCCAACGACUCCCCCACCGAGUCGAUCGAGCCCGAGGAAACGAUAGAGAGGCCGCCAGACUGGGUGGAGGAACGAUUCCGAGUCGACCGCCGUAAGCUUGAAGCGAUGUUGCAAGCCGCUGCAGAGGGGAGAGGACAGACGGGAGAAGAAUUUUUUCAAAAGAUUAUGGAUGAGACGAUCACACAUAUCACAUGGCCUUCCAAGUUAAAAAUAGGAGCAAAAUCCAAGAAAGAUCCACAUAUCAAGGUGGCAGGCAGAGAGGAAGACGUUAGAGCAGCCAAGACCAAGAUUAUGGCUGUUUUAGAUACAAAAAGUAACAGAGUGACCUUGAAAAUGGAUGUUUCUCACACGGAACACUCCCAUGUCAUUGGGAAAGGCGGCAAUAACAUCAAGAAGGUCAUGCAAGAAACAGGGUGCCACAUCCACUUCCCAGACUCCAACAGGUCUUCUCUGGGGGAAAAAAGUAAUCAGGUUUCCAUAGCAGGGUUGGUUCUCGGUGUGGAAAGUGCAAGAGCACAGAUUAGGGAGUUGUUACCACUAGUCUUCAUGUUUGAAUUGCCGAUCACGGGUGCAUUACAGCCAGUGCCAGAUGUGUCAUCACCCCAGAUCCAGCAAAUACAGCAAACGUACAACGUCACGGUGGCCUUCAAGCAGAGACCCAGGAUGUACGUCACCACGUGCGUGGUCCGCGGAACGGUCAACAACGCGCCGUCGGUCAAGGAAGCCACGGCCAGGCUCAUUGACCACUUGACCGGGAACAUGGGGCAAAUCACGAUCCCCGUCAGCACGCAGCUGGACAUCGCGACGCAGCACCACUUGUUCAUGAUUGGUCGUGGCGGGAUGCAGAUUAAACAGAUCAUGCAGCGGACCGGCGCGAGCAUCCACUUCCCCGACCCCAACAACCCACAGAAGAAGAGCAUGGUGUUUGUGUCAGGAGGGAUCGAGUCGGUGUAUCUGGCACGGCAGCAGCUGAUUGGCUGCCUACCUCUGGUGCUAAUGUUUGACAUGAAGGAAGAUGUGGAGGUCGACACGUCCAAGAUGGCCAGACUGAUGGAGGAACUCGACGUCUUCAUCAGUAUCAAACCUAAACCCAAGCAACCAAGCAAGUCGGUUAUUGUGAAGAGCGUGGAACGGAACGCUCCGAACAUGUACCGGGCACGGUGUCGUCUGCUGGGGUUGGAGGAGAGUGAGAACAUCCCGCCGAGCACGUCCCCGCAACUUCCCACCAUCAACAUCAGCUCCGACGUCAAGACGUCCUGUACCACCAUGAACGGCUUCACCAGCGGAAGCUUAGGUCUUAACUCACUAGGUAUUUUUGGUUACAAUGCUGCUCUUAACAUCAACACGACGCCCACCUCGGUGGCCUCACUCCUGUCGAUAGCUAACGGUCACGUUAGCCCGUUGCACAGUCCGCAACCCUCGCCACCAGGCACGACUAGCCCCAGCACAUGGGGGCCUUCAUCUCCUCCUAACCCACCAGUUUACUCCAUCCCACCGAUGGUCACACCCACCCAGCUGAGUGGACUGAUGCUGAGCCCAGGGUUCCUGAACUUCCCCACCCACACCCCCUCCCCUCCCCCACCCCCCGGGGCUCCCCAACCCUCCCCGCCGCCGCCCCCGGGGCUGGCCCCCCUGGACGGACAGGUCAACAACGUCACCAGUCAGGUGGCAGACAUCCUGGCUAAAGCCAACCACCCUGGAACCAGUCAUGACAAGGUACACGUGUCCUACCAGACCCCCACAUACAGUUCUACUGCGAGUGCCUUUGUGAGAGUGCCUACACCCAACACUGGGGACCAAGUCCCCCCCAGCAGUGCAAGUAGUCCCGGCUGCAGCCCCCGGCGGAGUCCAGUGGACCAGUUCAAACAGAACGGCAGGAGAGCCAGCUCACCCGGCCUGCCUGGGGAUGUGGAAGUCCGAAUGCUGAAGUCUGGGAACAGUUUUGUGGACGUGGUGAUCAACCACAGCCCGUCAUCCAGCGGCAAUUCCACCGACCUGAACAUGCUGAGGAAACUCGCCUCGCUCAACAAACAAACUGUGGAGCUGGUGUCCGGGGUUAGGAACGCUGAGCUGCAUAUGGCAGACAGAAGGUCCUCGGAGUCUGGGGAGUCGGACUGCUCAGACAAGAGAGCUCCCGGCUGUGAGAGGGAGAGAGAGAGGGAGCUGGAAAGGGAGAGGGAAAAAUUCUUGAGGUCAUCUCAAAAUCUGUCCUUUACCAGCCCGUAUGAGCUGACGGCAUUUGACUAUGAGAGAAAGAAGCUCCAAGCCACCAAAGCUAUGCAAAAGAAACCUCAGGUGACACAGGUGCGCACGCCCACCGACACGUGGAGUGGCUUCGGCUUCUCCAAGUCGAUGCCGAGCUGUGUGGCGCAGGAGGCUUUUGAGUCGGCUCGUCCCUCCUACAAGGCCCCAACACUACCUGCAACAUACGAGUCGACCAGUGGUCCCCCCAGCCCCACAGAACCCUCCCCACCGAGUGUCAGCCCCUGGGGAGACAGAAACGGAUCCUCCCUUCCUCAGCAGGAAGACUUCACCUCAGAGAACAGAAGAAAGCCUCCCCACAAAUAUGAUUUCUCUCUGAGUGCGAGUAACUAUAUAGACAGUGUGUCGCUCCCUUCGAAAACCAAGUGGAGCUGUGACAACGACCUUAAGGCCACUGACCUCCCCGACCUCUUCAUGAAGCUAGGACUGGGCAAGUACUCUGAUGUGUUCCAGCAACAGGAGAUCGACCUUCAGACAUUCAUGACCUUGACAGACCAGGACCUUAAGGAACUUGGUAUCACCACGUUUGGUGCACGACGGAAGAUGCUUCUAGCCAUAUCAGAUCUCAACAAACCCCGACGAAAGUCGCUCUUCACCCCGUUCCCCAACGCCUUCGACGGUGACCUGAGCGGCAGAUCCACCCUGCAGCACAAUCCUGACCUCUCCAGUGCCCUGCCAUGGUGACCUCUGACCCCACCGACCUUCGACCCCACCAAACACGUGAACACAGAGGACAUCAAUACUUAUGGUUGAUGACCUUUUUUUAUUUUAAAUUUCUGUAAAUUUGUGGACAUAACUGACAGCACUGAAGGUAGAACCCCCUGAUUGGUGAAAUUCAUGUGACACACAGGAAAAUCCUGUGAUAGGUGAGAUAGAGUCAUGUGACGUGCCAGUUCCAUCUAUUUUGGCCAGUAGCUGUUGCUGAUUUAAAGGUGGUAUGCUAACGGUAGACAUUCAUGUAAGGAAACACUCUAGGAAUUAUGUGGCCUUAUCUCAAUUGUGUGGCUCAAAAGCGACAAAGUACUUUCACCAUAUCACCCUCGAGCUCCCACCAGAACAUUCCAAUCAAGAUAUCAGGGAGAGAACGAUCUACUUUUGACCAAGUGUCCUUUUGAACGGCCACACAACCAACCUUAUAAGUGCCACAGUUACUUUAACCACCCCUCUGAAUGAAAUGGAUGUGGCCAAAGUCAGUAUGACUCUCUGUCCCAAAACGUACUUAAUGAUGUUCACAAAUACAACCCCUGUGUUGGGAAUGGAAUAUUCCAUGCUAACCCAGCACCAACUGCAAGGCACAAGAAAUGUGGAAAGAACCAUUAGACUUUAGGGGUGCUCUGUUGUACAUGCCUGUUUGAAAGUGACAGGAAAAAUAUCCAACAUGUUAGUGCAUUCCACCUCACCAACUACAUGUACAUGUGUCUUCUGCCAUGUCAGUGACAAACAAAUGACAAAAAUCUUGUUGGCUAAGUCUGGUAGCAGCCUAGGACUAAAGUUUUCUCAAAUUGUAGCCCAUAUUUCCGACGUAGUUGUCACACGAUGUUAGUGAUGUGACAAUGUACUUAAUGUAGUGCCUUCUUCCACAAGGUGAUUAGAGCAAUAAGUAUAGACAGCAACAUUCCACUGUCAAGGAGCACAAUGUAGGGGUUUAUAGGUGCAAAUGUAGGCCUAUAUCUAUGUCUCUAGCAUUAACAUGUCUUGCCUAUAUAUACAUAUAUAACUAUAUAUAUGUGCUAUCAAGUAGAUAUACUGAGUUCUGAACAAUAAGACAGGCCCAAUGUGGAGAUGUUGUGUUCCAAAAUACUUAGUACAUUAUGUGCUUCAGAAAUUUUAGAGUAGAGGACACAAACACAGGUGAAUCUUGAUGCAGAACAACUUUGUCUGUGUGAGAGUGCACCAAUGCUGCAGCUGUGAUUUGCCUGGUAUGUGGUUUGUGGUUGAAAGGUCUUUCUGGCUAAGCAAGUUAUUAGAGAGAACAUUGCUCAUACGUCUAGAAAUGGAGUAACUAGAAAGUACAAAGUCAACAACCAGUUCACCUGUACAGGGAAAACUGGGAGAUGCUUGGGAUAACUCAGCCAACAGGAAAAACAUUUUAAUCUGAGAAAGGUGUUCUAAGAAUCACUCUAAACUAGAAAAUGUAGGUGUAGUUGUAUUUUUGAGAAAACUUUGGUCUGUUGCUACAGUCAUCAGGGAGCUAUUUUGUGAUGUUUUCAGGAGGACAAGAAAUGUUUGUUUGAUAUGUAAAAAAAAGUUACUAGGCAGUGCCUAGAAAAUGGACUUGGAAUAAAAGUUGUUCCAGAAAAUUGUACCAUUACUUUUCUGAAGUCUCAUACGAUAUUUAGGAGAGAUUUCUGGUUUCCUACCAAAUUUGAUCAAUUUGUUUCCAAGACUUGGAAAACCCGACUUUGGGGCCAAAAUCAUGUCACUGUGCCUUACGAAUAGCUGCGUAACUUGUUUGCGGAAACCAGAAAAUUAGUUUCUGUGUUUUUUUCUUUUUACAAGAUGGCUUCCCUGAGAAUGUAAGAGCCUACUCUACAGAUUUGCAAGUUCAGUUUUAUACCUGGCAUGAUUAAUGUACUCAUGGUGUUCCACGUAAAUCAGAGCUUAUUCUAACACAAGUGCCAAUCACAGGCAGGUUGGUGGAUAUAAUCACACAUCCGGACAACUCCCUAUCCUGGCAACUAAGUGUACUUUUCUACUGGUCAUUAACUGUGAAUUAUCUUUUCAAACUGAAGAGUUGAAAACGCCUAAAAAAGGCAUCGUCAUUGAGUCAGCUGUAUGUCAGUUGUUUUGGUUAGUACGUCGUCCAGGUGGGAGAAUGAAACACACCCCCUACGUAAAUAUGCAUAUGGAAAAUAUAUGUAAGUGUGAAGACAAGAACACAAGUAAAGAAUGUGGUCAACAAGAAGUGUACAAAAAAAAGGCAAUCUGUGUACAGAGUAAAAGUAUUUUUCAGAGAAGCACAGGACUUGCUACCUGAUAUGGUACUUAGUUGUGAGUUAAAAAGACUCCUGUUCUUGCUAUGUAAGUUAUUUUUUUGUAGCUUUGCACCCGUAAAAUGCCUUUAUAGGGUGUAAGAAUGUGGCUUGUUUGUUACUGUGACCAUCGGCUGUUAGAUAUUGCCUUCACUGUUGUUUUAGUUGAAUGAUUUAAAGGUAUAAGUAGUUGUGAAGACCACUGAAUGCGAGCCAUAGUGUGGUUACUUAUGUAUGAAUAUGAAGACAAAGGUAGCAUCCACACAUUGUGAUCACUAGUGUUCAUAAAAACAUAUGAGAUGAAAGUUUAUAUAUACGUAAUAUUAGCCACAUUGUCUUUGUUUGAAUGCUGUAAUAUUGAUCAACGAACUCCUUAGCAUUUUAAGGCUUUUGAAACUCUGUUUGUAACAAAUUUGUUAUAAUAUUCUUAUGUUGGACUUAUGCCAGGCUGGUGGUGAAGAGUCACAAAAAUCUACAUUACUUGGUAACAUCAUUAUGUAUUCAUCAAAAUAUAUGACAACAAUCAAGAGAACAUAUAAAAGCUAUUCUUCUUUGCAUGUUAAGAGGCUGCCUUGCAGAGAAGUGGUUUCAAAUAUUCAAAUAAUGAUGAAAAGAUCAAAUUUUAUCAGAGGACAGUUCUUAAAGCAGACCGUGGAAUAUAGCAAACUUUUAAUGAACAAUGAUUUUAUUUUCAUUCCUUGAUAACAUCCUAGUAAUGUCAAAUGUUUCUGUGUUUGGAAAUACUAGUACUACAUUCUAAGUUUUGGCGCAGUUGUCACAUUAAUUUCCCAGAGAUGCAUUAUGUUCUUCAAAGUCUGCCACUUAAUUAGACAUAAUAUAGAGUGCACGAUAUACAUGUAUUUGUGUACAGAUCAGUGUGUUUUGAAAUAUGUUUGAAUUUUGUGUAGUGUCAUCAUGUUUCUUUGAUUUAUGGAAGUCAAAAGGUUUCAAGCAAGGUGAAUUCUAUCACAAUUGCUUCCAAGUUGUAGUAACAAUUAUGAAUUUCUUUAAUCUAAUUUUACAUGAAAUAUUUUCAUAAUGUCUUAAAAAGGAAACAGUCAUGCUUGUAGUACAGAUAGGCAGGCUAUGCCUCCAAGCAUUGUUAUAAAAAAUCCUUUUGGUUAUUUGCCUGUGCUUCAUUUGAGCAUACAUGUAGAAUUCUGAGAUGGGCUUUGUGAAUUACCUCCAUGGAGCUCUGCGGAGAACUCAGCAGAGGAAAUUCAUCAGUCCACAGUUUGGAAUUCUGACGAAAACGUUACAUCAUAGCUAGAAGUAGCUCGUUGCUUCCAUUCAUUUUGGCUGGCCCGAAUCUAAGAGCUUUGAUAACUGUUAAGAGGCCAAAGUGAGCUUUGGCUAUCAUUUAUGUCAAUGUUUAAAUACCCAAGGUUAAGCCUAAAUGUUACUGUCUGUUAAAGCUUUUCAUUAAACAUAUUGCAGUCUA